AUGUUGUUGCGUGUGUGUUGUCCGUCGUCUUUCUUCCACAUCCGACCGCUUCAUCUCUUCACUUCCUCUUCGAAACUCCCUUCUCUCCGCCGAGAGUUUCGUUUAGUUCCUUCCCGAUCUUCUUCUUCUUCUUCUUCCUCCAAUCGUAUGGAGUCUUCAUCUGCUUCGUCUUCGUCUCAGACGCCGGUAACGGCUUUGGAGACCGAUUCCUUAGCGAAGGAUCUGCAGAAUCAAAAUCUUGAUGAAGGUGGUAAGAUGAAACGGAAGCUCGAAGAUUUUAACUGGGACCACUCCUUUGUUAAGGAGUUGCCUGGUGAUCCCAGAAGCGAUGUUAUUUCCCGUGAGGUGUUGCAUGCUUGCUAUUCAAAAGUUUCACCAUCAGUACCAGUAGAUGAUCCUCAGCUUGUAGCAUGGUCUGACUCUGUUGCUGAGCUAUUGGAAUUAGAUCCUAAAGAAUUUGAAAGACCAGACUUCCCUCUCCUACUAUCUGGUGCUAAACCUUUGCCAGGAGCAAUGCCUUAUGCACAGUGCUAUGGAGGACACCAGUUUGGGAUGUGGGCUGGACAACUAGGUGAUGGUCGUGCCAUAACUCUUGGAGAAGUUUUGAACUCCAAAGGUGAAAGAUGGGAGCUUCAGCUUAAAGGUGCGGGCAAGACUCCUUAUAGCCGUUUUGCUGAUGGGCUUGCUGUGCUGCGUAGUAGCAUCAGGGAGUUCCUUUGCAGUGAAGGUAUGCAUUUUCUUGGUAUCCCUACCACUCGUGCACUUUGUCUCCUCACUACAGGUCAAGAUGUCACUCGCGACAUGUUCUAUGAUGGCAAUCCAAAGGAAGAACCUGGCGCAAUCGUUUGCAGGGUUUCUCAGUCAUUUCUCCGCUUCGGCUCAUACCAAAUACAUGCUUCUAGAGAAAAAGAGGAUCUUGAGAUUGUUCGGAAGUUGGCAGACUAUGCCAUCAAACAUCAUUUUCCACACAUAGAGAGCAUGAACAGAAGCGACAGCUUAUCUUUCAUAACCGGCAAAGAAGAUGAUUCCGUUGUGGAUCUAACAUCGAACAAGUAUGCAGCAUGGGUUGUUGAGAUUGCGGAGCGUACAGCUACCUUAGUGGCAAGAUGGCAAGGUGUAGGCUUCACUCAUGGUGUGCUCAACACUGACAAUAUGAGCAUUUUGGGUCAAACUAUAGACUAUGGUCCGUUUGGGUUCUUGGAUGCUUUUGAUCCGAGUUUCACCCCAAACACGACAGACCUCCCUGGAAGAAGAUACUGUUUUGCAAAUCAGCCUGACAUCGGCUUGUGGAAUAUUGCCCAGUUUGCUAAGUCUUUGGCCGUUGCUGAGCUGAUAAAUCAAAAGGAAGCAAAUUACGCCAUGGAGAGGUACGGUGAUAAAUUCAUGGAUGAGUAUCAAGCCAUAAUGUCAAAGAAGCUUGGUCUGUCCAAGUAUAACAAGGAUAUCAUCAGCAAACUUCUGAACAAUAUGGCUGUUGAUAAAGUCGAUUACACAAACUUCUUCCGCCUUCUUUCAAAUGUCAAAGCAGACCCCAACACACCCGAAGAUCAGUUAUUGAAACCCUUGAAAGCUGCUCUCUUAGACAUUGGAAAAGAAAGAAAAGAAGCUUGGAUCAAAUGGGUGCAAGCGUAUAUACAGGAGGUGAGUGGUAGUGACACAUCAGAUGAAGAAAGAAAAGCAAGAAUGGAUUCAGUGAACCCUAAGUACAUUCUAAGGAACUAUCUCUGUCAAAGCGCAAUAGAUGCAGCUGAACAAGGCGACUUCUCAGAGGUCAACAACUUGAUCCGUCUCAUGAAAAAUCCUUAUGAGGAUCAGCCAGGGAUGGAGAAAUAUGCUCGGUUGCCUCCAGCCUGGGCUUAUAGGCCAGGCGUCUGCAUGCUUUCUUGCUCCUCCUAG